AAACAGAAACCGGUCUCGGGGAUGCUGUGGCAGUUAUCUCUGAGCGAUUACAAGAUUUGCUUCUCGGGAUGACCGUGGCCCGACUAGAUUCCGUUACUUUGUGACUUGAAAUCCGAUCAACUUGUCAGUCUGCAGAACGUCGUAGUUGAAAGUGAAACUAUAGUUUGUAAGCUGGUUGGUGUGAUUUGAGAAUGGGGCACUUGUCUGUUUUAAAGGUGUUAAUUUGGCUGGAGUUUGUGAUAAUCGCUAGAUGUUCGAAUAUUCUUGUGUUGAUGAGUGUUCCAUCGCCGAGUCAUUUUAUAUGGAUCAGACCAAUCAUAAAUCAACUUGCCCAACAUGGGCACAAUAUAACUGCACUUUCGGUGAACACUGAUCCUAACGCUGUGGAGAACAUUACAUACAUUCACUUGGAAAAUACGUACAACGUGCUGUACGGUGAUGGAAAAGCAAACAACAAUAUUCUCAAACGGUCCGAGGAAAAUCCAUUCCAAGCCACCAUGUCGUUUUAUAAAUUUGGAACCCUGGGAUGCAUAGGAGCAACGAGCUCAGCAGGCCUCCAAAGGCUCAUGGAGUAUCCCGAUGAUUUCCCUUUCGAUCUAGUCAUCUACGACUUUACCUGUGGUCCAUGCGUGCUUGGAUUCCUGCAAAAGUUCAACUAUCCACCCCUGGUUAGCUUAACCGGGUUCAGCAUUCCCCAGUUCAGCCAUCAUCUAGUAGGCGGACAUAAGCCAUCGUCAUACGUUCCCCACUUUUCCCUCCGAUACGAUACAAAAAUGGGCUUUUUCCAAAGAAUGAUCAAUUUCAUUGUUCAAAACUUUGAUUCCAUCUACCGAGAGUGGGUGUUUUUACCCCACAUGCAGAGGUUGGCACAAACUGCGUUUAAUUUCACUCUGCCAAAUCUUGCUGAGCUAGAGCAACGAACGCAGAUUAUGCUGGUGAACACAAAUCCCGUGCUGGAUCCUCCGGAAACGUUGCCGCAAAAUGUUAUCCCUGUUGGUGGAUUGCAAAUUGUGCAGCCAAAGCCGCUGGUGGAGGAAAUCUCCAACUUCAUCGAAAGCAGCUCCAAAGGAACGGUUUUAUUCGCGAUGGGAACAAACUUCAAAAGCAAAAUGUUCACCAGAGAUCGCCAAGCCAUGUUCAUCGAAGCAUUUGCCCUGCUGCCGGAGUACAACUUCCUGUGGAAGUUCGACGACGACAAUCUGCCCAUUCCGGCUCCGAAAAACCUGAUGGUAAGAGCGUGGCUUCCCCAAAACGACAUUCUUGCUCAUCCCCGGCUGAAGGCAUUUAUCACUCACUGCGGCCUGCUCAGCACGUACGAGGCGUCAUACCACGGAGUUCCCACGAUCGGCAUUCCCAUCUACGUCGAUCAGCACCGGAACGCUCAGCGAUCGGCCCGGGCGGAAGUGGGCGUCACGUUGGAUCUGAAAAAUCUAUCCACGGAAGCAAUUCGUCGCGCUUUGCUGCGAGUUUUGACGGGGGAAAAGUUUGCUUCAAAUAUGGCGAAAAGAGCUCAACUUUUGCACGAUCAGACUGAAAGUCCACUAGAUCGUGCCGUGUGGUGGAUCGAGUGGGUCCUCCGACAUCCACACUCGAACCAUAUGCGUUCUCCGAUGUUGGAUUUGGGAUAUUUUGCCAAAGGUAAUAUCGAUGUGUUUGUGUUUCUGUGUUUAUUUUUCGCAAUAGUUUUAACCGUUAUUUUGAAAUGCAUUAAAAAUCUCAUUAAAAAAUCUCAUCAAACGGAUUGUGAUAAGAAGGAAAAAUUGAAAUAAAUGAUCUCAUAGCCCACAACU